AUGGAGAUCGGUAAACAUAAUGAUGAUGGAGAUGAUAAAACCAAAAGCGGUAAAUUCAAUAUUUGCCAGCAAUGUGGCGCUGCGUUCAGAAAGCCUGCUUACUUGAAGCAACAUAUGCAAAGCCAUUCGCUCGAGGAACGGAUCCUUAAAUAUAAUAAAUUAAUGUGAAAGAUCCUGGAUAUCUCAGCGUGAAGCAUUGGAUCCCACAUUAAGAACUCCAAAAUGCAUGAGGCUGGAUUUUGUCGUUGCUUGACUGGAUCAGUAUCAGGUUGGGAGACCACCUGAGAAGCUCCAUCAAGUGGGCCUCAGUCACGCUACUGUAGUUUGAGGUUUGAAGUCUAGUAAUUGAAUGUGUUGGGAGAGGCUUUCCGUCAAUAAGCACAAGGUUAACCAAUUUUAUUGCAUUACUUUAAUGCAGAGGCCAUAUAUUUGUUCCGUAGAUGGUUGCAAUGCUAGUUAUAGAAGGAAGGAUCAUUUGACCCGCCACCUUCUCCAUCACCAAGGAACUAUGUUCAAAUGUCCAAUUGAGAGCUGUUGCCGUGAAUUUGCAUACGCAUCGUGUGUGUCUAGACACUUGAAAGAAUGUCAUGAAGGUGAAGUUCCUCCUGAAGAAUGUCAUGAAGGUGAAGCUCCUCCUGAAGAAUGUAAGAAGCAGUUUGUUUGCCCUGAAGAUGGAUGUGGGAAGGUUUUCAGAUAUGCCUCCAGACUGCAAAAGCAUGAGGGCUCCCAUGUCAAGCUAGACUCAAUAGAGGCAUGUUGUACUGAACCGGGUUGCCUCAAAACAUUUACCAACAAGCAAUGCCUGAGGGCUCAUAUGCAGACCUGCCACCAAUACGUGAAAUGUGAGAUUUGUGGGGAAAAGAAAUUAAGAAAGAACUUGAAGCAACAUCUACGACAAAAGCAUGAAAGUGAAGGUCCACUGGAGGCAAUUCCAUGCACGUAUGAGGGCUGCAGCAAGGUUUUUUCAACAGCUUCAAAUCUCCAGCAGCACAUGAAGGUCGUGCAUCUGGAACAGAAGCCGUUUGUAUGUUGUUUCCCUGGUUGUGGCAUGAGAUUUGGGUACAAGCAUGUGAGAGACAACCAUGAGAAAAGUGGGCAGCAUGUGUACACUAAUGGGGAUUUUGAAGCAGCUGAUGAACAAUUCCGCUCAAAGCCAAGGGGAGGGAGAAAAAGAAUCUGUCCAACGGUUGAAAUGCUCAUAAGGAAGAGGGUUACCCCCCCAAGUGAGUUGGAUUUCAUGAUGGAGGAGGAAGACUAUUAGUUUCGUCUUCGUCUUAUUUGGAUUUAGGGGUGAAUCAAGCCCUCCGCACUUCUUUGUUACUUAUCCAUGUACACUAGUAAUUGAUAGCUAACCAAUGUAUAGAAUCUGUGAGUAGAAAUAUAAGCCCACCACUUACCCCUAGCAAAAUGGAAUAGUUAUAUAUGUACCUUUUGUGGAUCGUUGGCAGUAAAAUAUGGAAGGUUCGUUUUUAGUUGA